GUCAGUAGUUAGUGCAAAAUCUGAUUAAGUUACGUAACUAAGGUGAUAAAUAAGUUCAAAGUUAAGAAAUAUUAUAAGUAAUUCAUGCUAAAAACAGUUAAGAUGUGUGUGUUUGAAAUUUGCUCAGAGUGAGACAUCGUUAUCACAAGCGAUCUUUGUAUUGUAUGUGCGGAAAUGGGAGCGAGGGAGCGCUCUGAUCAUUCACCUAUCUUUGACGUAUUUUCUCCGUUAAUGUUGUGAAAAGUGCUUCGGCAGUAUUAAAACUGUGAAUAAGCUCAUGUACACGCUAAAAGUACUCUACACGCUUGUACCUUGGGAAACGUUCGUCUUUAGGGAGUGUUCGCCCGGGGCGCCAAACAGGCUAGGACCGCCACUGUUGCCGACUCAUCUAAUCCUUCCAGGUGAGGAGCAGAACCAGCUGUAUGUGUGGUGAUGCUGAGGCUACAAAACAGGUUGUAUCGAUGAAGUAUGGCACUUUCCCAAUAAGACAGACACGCUGUUUAAAAAUUACAUCAAAACUUUUUUACAGUAUAAGCAGGAGGCAUCCAGUUUCUCAUUCCCAGCAUACCGAUGAUUUGUCACGUCCCGAGGCAUCUUGUAGUAAGGCAAAAGGUACCCUUCGGUGUCCUUAUGAUCCGCUCCGGAUUCAUAAUUGAAUCCAGUAGAAUGCUGCUCGUGGCGGUAACACACGCUCCAGCUGUCUAUUCCAGCUCUAACCCUAACCUUAACCCUAUCAGACAGUGUUUUCCAAAGCGAUCAUGAUCGGAGCGUAAAACACAUUUACAUGUAUAGAUUCAUUCCAAGUGGCUCUCAUGGCACCAAAGGCGUAACAUACAGACGAUUGGUCCCAUAGCGUCGGUGUUGUGGAUGGGUGUAGCUUUGGGUCAUGUGGUGUCGGUAAUAGUGAUCGCUAUAUCACCUGUUCACGGCCUGAGGGAAUUUUUGUGAAUGAGUGGGUGAUGGGGGAAGUCGACUUUUGCUGACCGCUCAAGCUUAGAAUGUUUUUUGAUCACUGUUUUUCUACGGAUUUUAAGGAUUUGAUAACAAAUAAAGGAGUUUUUAAGUCUAGAACUUUGACUUACGUUUUAAACAGCGGGCGCGUCAACAUUAUUCCCCUAUUCAGCUGCUCGGCGACUCAAAGGCUUGACAGUCGCCAAUAUUUGUCAGCAAAAAGUGCGACGGCAAUGGAGCCUCCCGCAAUCAGCGCUGAAUAAACGCCGACGCAAGCCCACACACCGCCGCCACUACAUCCAUAAAAGCGGCUAGUCUGACAGAUAAGGAGAAGACAACGGUAAACUGUAAACUGUGUUUUUGUGCUGCGUAUUGUUUGAACGCAGUUUGGAUUCUGACCAUACGAAGAUGUUUUUGUGACACGCCCACCGCUACGUUUGCUGUUGGACUUGGUGUGUGUGUGUGUUGUGGCUCUGCAGGCGUUCAACUGAGUUUGAAGGAAUUGCUGUUGCCUUUGUUUUGGAUUUUGGCAUGCUGCUUAUGUUGAAUGCUGAAAAUGAGUGGAUCACAGGCUGCAUCUGUUGUUGGAAAAACUGAAAAGGAUAAAAGAUUAAUUUCUCUCACUGAGAAAACUCUUGCAAACAAAAUUGAAACCAUCCAAACAGAUCGGAAAAGGCAUGUAAACAAAAUGAAAAGUGUUAUUAUGUCUCUUAAAGAGCUCAUGAAAGAUGAUAAAAAUUAUUCACAAGUCAAAUCACAGUUUGAUGAGUUAACACACCUGUUUAAGGAUGCCAGUGCAUUGCAUGAAUCUUUACUUUCUCUAAUCUCAUUUGAUGAGAAAGAUAAACAAAAUACAUGGUUCUCAAGCAUCGCUAAAUACAAUAAAGGGUUUAUGGAGGAUGUUAAGAUCUGGCUUUCUGAAACUGAUAAACGUAUGGGGAGGCCAUCAUCCGACAAAGCACAAUCACAGGAAAAUUCCCUGGGAGGAGAAAUGGAGGUGCGAGAGCACCCUGGAAAACAACCUCAAUCAUCUCUUAAUCCCCAGAAUGAUGUUAAUGAUGACGUGUUGCCAUCCGACAGUGUGUCAAAUCAAGGCAGUAGCUCAAGAGUAUCAUCUAUUUCAUCUGCACGUCCCAGGGCAGAAGCUGAAAUUGCCGCCUUGCUCGCACGUCAACAUAUGCUGAAAGAAAAACACUCUCUUGAAAAACAAGAGGAACAAUUGAGGAGAAAGAAAGAACAACUUCAGCUUGAAGCAGAUAUAGCUGCAACUGUUGCAAAGGUUAACGUGCUGAGAACUGGAUCCACUAUACGGAGCAUCGCUUCACGGAAAUCUAAUGUAAUGGAAUCAUAUUUUAAAACAAAGGGAAACAGCCUUGAAAUUCUUAAUGCAGAUGCAGAGACUUUUGUUCCACAGACGCUUACAAAAGGAAAUGCAAUCACUGGGAAUGCAGAGCUUCAAGUAAAAACAGUGCAACAGAAUAUGAAAAGGGAAAGGCCUGCACCCGCUCUUAUGGGGCCUUCUGACGCUUUUGGAUCAAUUCCACCUUUGCCUAAGCCACAAGCUGCUCAUCCAGUAGCCAAUGAAAAUCUGUUGUCCAUUAUGGAAAAACAAAAUGAAUUAACUUGUAUGUUGGUCCAUCAGCAAAGUCUUUCUUCACUGCCCAAAAGGGAGAUUCAAACCUUUGAGGGCGACCCUUUACAUUUUCAGGCUUUUAUGCGCUCGUUUGAACAGGUCAUCGAAGCAAAGACUGGCGAUGCUGGCAACUGCCUGCAUUAUCUUGCACAGUACACCAAGGGCCCAAUGAACUUGUUAAAAGCUGUCAACACAUGUCUGAGAGUGCUGGAUAUGUAAAGGCAAAGACUCUGCUGUAUGAGCACUUUGGAAAUGGACAUGUGAUUGCAUCUGCUUAUUUGAACAAAGUUCACUCAUGGCCACUGAUUAGAUCGGAAGAUGGAAAAGCUCUUCAGGCAUAUUGUUUGUUCCUGCGUGGAUGCUGCAAUGCAAUGGAAGAGAUUAAUGAUCUCUCUGAAUUAAAUACACCUGCCAAUAUGCUUGCUGUGAUUAGAAGACUGCCAUAUAAGUUAAAAGACAAAUGGCGAACAGUAGCAUGUGACAUUCAGGAGAGGCAACAUCGCAGAGCCGCAUUCAUUGACAUUGUUUCCUUCCUUGAGCGUCAAGUUAAAAUUGCUACAGAUCCCGUCUUUGGAAAUCUAUGUGACGUUCCAGCAACACAUCUAGCAGCCAAGGGCAGCAAUGGAGGGAAACGUUCUCUGCAUCUAAGAGCUAAAGGAAGUAGCUUCGCCACAACAGUCUCUGAUGUUGAGAGACAGAAUCAGACAGGGGCUCAAGAUCACCACAGUACUGUGAAGGCUUGUUUUUUCUGCAAAGGCGGACACACAGUGGAGUCAUGUGCUCUGCUUGAUAAGAAACCUCAUAAUGAGAAGAUUUCUUUUCUUAAAAGGAACAGCAUCUGUUUUGGCUGUUUGUGUACUGGGCACAUAAGCAAAGAAUGCAGAAAACGCCUUUCAUGUAAAAUCUGUGGUCUCCGACAUGCAAGUAUACUCCAUAUCCACCAUAAAGAGAAGAAUGAAGUCAAACCUAAUAAUGAGGGAGAUAACAUUCCUGUUACGAUCCAGACUAGUGGUCUUACUGGGGCCAGUGAACAAGACUGUAAGCUUGCCAUUGUGCCAGUUAAAGUAAAAUCAAAGAGAGGUCAAAGAAUAGUGGAAACGUAUGCCUUUCUGGACCAAGGGAGUUCAGCAUCCUUUUGUACAGUGGGUCUUAUGGACAAGCUGAAUAUUGCUGGGAGGAGGACAAAGAUUCUCCUGCGCACCAUGGGACUGUCAUGAUCCUGGGUCUAUGACCCAGCGUUUUGAGUUUAUUGUUAUUAUUUUCCAGUUUCUGCUGUUUUGUAUUUGUUCUUAGGGUUUGAGUUGUGUUUCUAUCAUCCCUACCUGUGUUCUGUGGAAUUACAGGGAUUAUUUUACAUAACCAUCAUCUUAUCAUUGCAUUAAU